GGCACCGGCAGCUCAUCCCCACGCCCUGCGGGCCCAUAAAACCUUGUUCAGAGCUGUCAUUUCCUGUGAAGAUCUACUUCUGCGUCACUAUUUUGUCUCUACUAAGUGUCAUAGGGCUAACCAUAGAGACACUCGUUCAACAAACUGAGGAAGAUUUCACCAUUUCUCUUAUUCAGUUAGUUGGAGUUGUGUUCUGUGUAUACUAUGUGACUAGAGGAAUCCUGCAGGAGAAUCGCCAGGAGCUCAUCGUCUUUGUUCUUUCCAUCUUGCUAGUGAUGUUUCGUUCCAUUGUCAACUUCACAGUUCUCUCUGCUGAGCAAAAGCCGAAACUCCUGGCCCGCUUCAUUCUGAUCCUUUUGGUUGGCUCCUUUGAUGUGAUCUGUGCCAUCAUCCUCAUUCAGAGUCAAAGCAUGAUGGCCUUUCGAGUGGGUGGUGCUCUAGAAAGCCUACAGUCACAAUACUUCAUGCUGAACCUCUGUUUUUCCAUGUUGACCUUUGAUCUUCAGGCGCAGCUCUGCUUGUGUAUUCUGCUGAUAAGCCUGCAUGAGAUCACUCUUCUACAUAACAUCAUCUCAGCAACAGGGGCUCUUUGGGCCUGCCUGAAGGUGACCAUUAGCAUCAUCGCAAUUUUAAAAGAACUGAAACCUCUAGUGUGGAUUUUUCUGAGUCAGAACAUACCUGAAGUAGCUUAUCUCAUCUACCUGCUUUACACGGUGAUAAGGGAGUGGGGCAAAGGGAAUUCUUACACUCUGGAAGCUGCUUUCAUUACCGGCUCUUGCAUUUCUGUUGCAAUAAAAUCUGUUUUGUUUUGGGCACUGAUUCAUGUCUACCGCAGCUUUGGGCAGGGGCUGAGAGAAAGAAAAAACAAUGGGGACAAAUCACACUGUACCAAACAAAUGGAAGCUACUGCUCUAAGCGUCAUCAAGAACUUCCCCUGUCAAAAGCAUUUAGCGAGUUUUACCCAGAAUGAUACAUAA